CAGCGCCACAAAUUUACAUUUGACUUCACGCAACUAAUCUAUUGAAUUUGUAGUGGGUUUACUACCUCUGUUGGAGUGUUAUUGUGGAUCUUUAAUUCUAGGAAUCGUUAAGACAGCAGCCUCCGAUUAUUCCCGCGUUUGCUACCGCUCUGUCCAACUGUGGCUUUAUUGAAUCAGUCUUAUCAACGAAUUUAACUUACUGUCUGCAAGAGGGUUGGAACAAGACUAACGUUAGCGCUUUAAGGCAUCUGGAGAGAGGUGACAUGGCUUGUUGCUAAUAAGCGAAAAUCACGGAUUCUUUUCUGCCCAAUGAACAAACCUGACAGAUGUGUACUGAAAUGAGUGUUCCAGUGAACUUUAGAGGACUGCCUCCCCACAUACUGGAGGGUGCUUACACGAAAUCUGAUCAACCAAGAAUAUCCAGGACAUCAGAUAAUAACCCCACUCCUCUCACCUUUCCCAAAUCCAAAGUUGCCCUCUGGGAUCCCACUCCCAAUGGGGAUGUGGUUAGCCUACACCUCUCCUAUUACAGGAACCCUACGCUACUUGUGACAGAGAAAGCACUUCGUUUAGCCCAUCGACAUGCGCGACAGAGUAACAACCCAACAUUUUCAUGCUACUUAUUGGGGGCCUUGUCUGUGGAAAAUGAUGAGGAGAGUGUGACCUUGAAGCUGGACCGCUUUGACCCGGGUCGAGAACAGCCAGGUUCCUUAGGAAAGGCACCUACUGCCGUGUUACCUGGGGACUUCUUGGUACCCUGCACUGUCUGUACACAGUCUGUGCUGUCCACUGACACCAUGGUUCACUCUGCUGAUGAUUUCCACAUCUCCUUUAAGAUGCUUCAGCAUGGCUGUUGUAGCAGGGAGGCUAUGGAGCUGUCGAAGCUGCUCACCCUCCGGGCUCACAUCGGCUGUUCCGAGCACUCGGACAGUGUGGACUUCAGUCUGAACUGGGUGGCCGUCACAAUUGCUAACACGCUGGAUGCCGUCCCCGUGAGGCCGGUGCCCAUCAUUCCCACCGCUCUGGCCCGGAACCUCAGCAGCCCGGCCAGCCUGGCCCAGCCGCUGAGCGCAAGCCGAAAGCAGGGGUUUCUGACUAUGGAUCAGACCCGCAAGCUGCUGCUGCUGCUCGAGUCGGACCCAAAGGCCUACACUCUGCCUCUAGUGGGAGUAUGGCUGAGCGGAAUCACGCACAUCCAUAAUCCCCAGGUGUGGGCGUGGUGCCUCCGCUACCUGUACAGCUCCUCUCUGCAGGACAAGGUGAUGUCGGAGGGCGGGGCCUUCCUGGUCGUCCUGUACUCGCUGACCCACAGGGACCCCGAGUUCUACCAGUGCCAGCUGUGCAGCGGGCAGCAGGAGAUGGGCUUCCAGCUGCUGACGGGCACAGACGCGCUGACCCUCUACAAGCACGUGGAGGUGUCAGAAGGAAGGGCUCUGCAGUUUGAGCUGAGCGCUGAGCACCAGAACCAGGAAACCGAGUUCUUCAAGGAAGUGGUGUCCCGCGCGUCCCUCAGCAGGAGUGCAGCAGCGUCAGCAACAGCCUCUCCUCAGAGCAAGCUCUCCAUCAGUGAUCACGACUCUGGAGUGGAAGACGAGGACCUCUCCCCCAGGCCAUCCCCCAACCCUCACCCCCUCACUCAGCAGGCAAAGCGGGUCCAGCCGUCGGUGCCCGAGCUGUCUCUGGUGAUGGAUGGCAGUUUCCUGGAUGGGAGAAAGGCUGCGGCCCACGAACCGGCUGUCCCCCUGGGACACGCGGGUCCUCCCGCUCUGCAGCGCAGGGGCAGCGGGUCUCGAGCCCCCGAUCAGGUCCAGCCUAACGGCCCGCCUCCCAUCAGGAGGCCCCUCACCGCCGUCAUCCCGCUGGGAAAGGGCGUGAAGGGCCACACCAGCCCCCCCGUCCAACAGCAGCUCCAGCCCUGUGCCAGCAGGAAGCCCGGCCCGCCCUCCGGGAGGAAGAGCACGGGGGGCUCUUCGGCCUCCUCCACGUCCUCGUCUUCGUCUUCCUCCACUCCCAGGAUGGGCUGUUCCCCCAACAGCUCCCUGCACCAGCACAGGCAGCAGCCCUUCCCCGCAGCUCCGCCUCACAGGGGCGUGUCCCCGGUCAGCCCCUGCCCCCCGCACGCGUCCCCCACCCUCACCCCCCCGCCCGGCUACCGGAGCCCCAGACACAGCUCCGGCUGCCCCAACCCGCCGCCCGUGCACCCGCACCACCUCAAAAACGUCCACAGCACCCCCUCCCCCACUUCCGGGGGCGUGCCCUACGCCUGCUGCCCCCACCAGCAUGGCCACGCCCCGGUUUGCCUCGGCGGCCCCUGGCAGGGCGUGUCCGGCACUCCCGCCCCGCCCCACGUGGCCCCCGGCUGCUCCGGAGGGGUCUACUGCCCCCAGUCCGAAAGCGCCGCCCCGCACCGCGACUGCUGCUGCUCGCCUUCCCAGCAGCCCCUGGGCCGCCCGCCGUCCCCUCGCCAGAGCCCCGUCUGCGCCGCCGGCAGCCCCGCGCGCCACCCCUCUCCGCACGGGGUCUACUCCCCCGUGGAGGAGCACGGCCCCCACGGCAGAGUGCCGGCGGACUGUCCGGCGCAGUGCUGCCAGGGCCCGCCCGGUUACCACGCGCUGCCGGCGGGCCCCUCCCUGCCCGUGGCCGGGGCAGCGCUGGGCCUCCUGCCCGCCGACGCCUACAGGAUCCUGGUGGAUCAGGACCGCCAGCUGAAGCUGCUGCAGGCCCAGAUCCAGAGGCUGCUGGAGGCUCAGGCUAAAACGGCGAGCCCCUCUCCUCCGUCCAGCGCACCCCCCCCGGCGUGCUCCGAGCAGGCCAGGGCUCAGCAGGAGAGUGUGGGCUCGCAGACACAGACGGCCCCGGCAGAACAGGCCAGGAGGAGCGUCAGUGUUGCAGUGUGCACCGGAGCCAGCUUGUUUUGGAGCUCCCCUGCGGAAGGCUCCUCUCUCGGGGACGAGUGGCAGGCGGAGGCCAAGGCGGGGUCGGCGUGUGUGGGCUCCUCCCCCCACUCCUCGCUCGCCCGCGAAACCCCCCGCUUCGCCCGCCACGCGGACCACGCGGAGGAGGAGGGGGAGGAGCCGAGGAGGCCACGCCCAGACACCCCCAGCACUGCAUCUGGAGGCCAGGAGUUCCAGAGCCCUGUGCUGGGGGAGAGUGCCAGCAUGUGCUAUCAGUCCCAGUCUCCGGUUAGAGACGGCCCUUGUCGGGAAGCUGGAAGCGAGGAACAGGAGCAGAAGUUUUAUCAGGACCUGUUGGGCCAGGUGAACAGUCGACUCCAGGGCUGUGCAAGCGAAGAUGAAGAAGAGGAAGGGGAAACCACACGGCCAUCGCACUCCAAGUCGAGAGAGAGCUUCUCGCCCGCGAAGUCAAAGCCCCUCCAGGCCUUCCCCACGUCUCCCAGGCCUCACAGGCAAAAGAAGAACUCCAGUCCCAAGCAUUCUGAUAAGGACCAGGUGCUACAGGCUACCCUCCGACAGCUGAAGCAGCUGGGCGUGACCCUGGAGCUGGACUCUGCCAGCCCCAGCAAGGCCAUCCGCACCACUGUAGACAGCGCUAGCACACUGGCCUGCAUAAACCCUGAAGCGGUGGUUCCCAGGUUGACUCUCUCAGAAUCGGUAGGGGCCAGCAUGUGGGGCCCCAGUGGCAGCACGGAUCUGAGCUUGGAGGCUAACGCCAUCGCGCUGAAGUACCUCAGCGACUCCCACCUCUCCCAGUUCUCAAGGGGGGCCCGGCUGGCAGGUCCGCUAGAGGCCCACAGUGCCUUGCUCUCAGGGAAAGCCCCAACAGAAAAGAGUGGUGUGGGGCUCAGCAUACUGUCUCCUAGCAACAUGUCCUUUGCCACCAGGAAGUACAUGAAGAAAUACGGGCUGAUGGAGGGCGAAGAGAGCAGCGAAGAGGAGGAAGUGGUCACUGAUGAAGAGGAAGACAGGGGAGCUCAGCAGUCAGAGGUCCCGGGGAACUUCAUUGUGGGACAUGGUGGAAAAGAGGAGAGGAGUUUGGUCCUUAAAAACAUCACAAAUGAGUUGCCUCACUCCAUUCCUCUGCCCCUCCAGAAAUCUCUGGAUACGCAGAGCCAGCUGCUCCGAGAUUUGCGGCCGAAAAUGCAGCGCCUCUCCCAUGGUGGCAGAAGAAGCCCGCAGAAGGAGAACAGUGCGCCCCUGGCCCCGCCAAAACCACAGCCUGGACUGGCGGAAGCCCAGAGGACCUCCGGGUCGGAGGAGUCCAUGGGCAACUUCCUAGACCUGAGCCGGCUUCGACAGCUGCCCAAACUCUUCUGACCACUGACGAUUAGCACAGUGAAACAACAGGGGGAAAAACUUUGACUUAUUGAAAUUUAAUCUUUACUAGCUCAGGUUUUAAGGUGUUUGGGAGUACUUCAACAAAUUUGUUUACUGCAGAUUUCCUGAAAUCUAUGAUCUCAGUCUGAGUAGUGUAAAACUAUUUGUCUUGUUCAGGACUGACAUGGUCAAAGCCAUUUAUGCAGCACUAAUAGUGCUGUACGGCAGUAAGUACAGUCCAGUCAUUGAAACUUAAAGGAAUCGUUCCCUUUCUGGAGGUUUUUAAUAUCGUCUCAGUUUUUGUGUAUUUUCUUGAUUGGCCCACAGUUUUUGUAUGCGAUGAAGGUUACUUUUGAUAUUUACAAAAGUUUCUGACAACUUUGCUUUAUAAUGGUUAGUACAGGCCAAUCACAAAUUUGUGGUUUAAAGCAAAAAAUGCACAUGACGUAACUUCAGAGCAGCAUGUGCAGUGAUGUUAUGUCUCCAGAGGCUAUACAUAUGAACACAAUAAAUUAUAGCGUUCAUUCAUUAUUAUAAACAGAUACCUCUUUCUAAGUUUUAUCGGUUUUUCUGUCAUUAAUCGCAGCAGUCUCCGGUGGCAUAUCGUAUUAAAUGGUUCCAGUCCAAAAUAAGGUUAAAUGUAAUUUUAAAAAAUAAUAUAAAAUUAUAAUAAUUAGAUAAUACACACAUGUAUACAUACCUCUGCAGGCAUAUUGUCACUAUGCAAGCUAAAUUACCUUAAGUGUGUGUUUUGCUUUAAACAACAAACAUGGGAUUGCCUCAUACCAGCCAUUGUAAAGCCAGCAGGCCAAAAUAUCAAAAAUAUUCUUUGUUGUAGACAACAAUGGUCUGGAGCAAUC